AUGGCCAGUGCCCUCUCCGACGAUGAAAUCGACUACUCGAACUGGCAUCACACUCUCUUCUCCUCCACCCCGUCCUUUAUCGAGCAUGCGACCUUCAAAGACCUCGUCUACCCCGGCACCCACGACUCAGGCGCUUACGGCUCCGCCCUCCUCACCCAUACAGCAGACAACAAACCAUUCCCAAUGGCUCUCCCCUACCUCGGCUCGAAGGGCGUAGAGAAGUUAAGAAAUGCCGUGCAGGGUGUCACCAGAAUGCAGGAGAGUGAUGUUACAAGUCAGUUGAAGCAUGGGGCGCGGUAUCUGGAUCUACGGUUUGCGACGCCGAAGGGGAAGGGAGAGGGGGAGCUCUGGCUCACACAUGCCUUUGCGUAUAACCCCGCGGAGGAAGUCUUGAGAGAGAUCGCUUCUUUUGUACAGGAGCAUCCGGGAGAGAUCUUGAUCUUUCUUUGUCGAAACGCGUACCCACAGAAUACCCAAACACCCCAAAUCACCUCCCUCGUCCUCAAACAUCUGGGCGCAUACGCACACCCGAAUCUUUGCAAUAACUCAACGUACACCUCUCUGGCACACAUGCUCUCUACGAACCAAAGAGUCAUCCUAGCAUGGGAGACAGCUCCCUCGGUGCCAUAUGACAAGGAAGUACCCGAGGUAGUCGAGGAUAAACAAUGGUGGCGUGCUGAGCAACUAUUCAGCUGGACAUGGCUCCCAAACAACGGCGACUGGAAACCACGAACUGCAUACAUGGUCACACAUGCACGCACCUGGGAGCACGAAUAUGGACAAUGGAACCCACGGGUAGAUUUACAUAUCCACUCUGAGCUCGACGAGGAAGAAGAAGGAGAGGUAAAGAGGAGAUUGAGGAAUGGGAAGAAGAUAUUGAUCUGGAGUCAUCAAAUAUCGUAUUUGGGGAGUAGAGCUAUACCGGCUCAGUUGAUGCCAUGGAAUAAUGGACGGACGUUUAGGGAGUUGGCGAGGAGUUACAACAAUGUCUUCCCACAGCACUUCCCAUUUUCAGAGCGAGAAGCAGAGAGACAUGAAGCGACGGAAGAAGCAUUGCUGCCGGUACCGGAAGAUGUGAGAGACAAUAUUGGCAUCAUACAUGUUGAUUUUCAUAACGAGGUGUACAAGGACUUGAUGGCCUUUACCAUAUCCUCAAACAAACGAAGAAUGAAGGCUAUACUGAGUGAAAAACGUUUGAGUGGGCCAUACGAAUAG